ACCGAGGUCUUUCCCAGUAGGGGUAAAACCGUAAAAAGGCUUCCCCUUCUUUUAAACAGAGGUUUCCUCUCCCUUCCAUCAGACCUUCAGGCUGCAACAAUGGCUAACAAAGCUUUGAACUUUCUCUCUGUGUACGGCUACGACUUAAUAUGGGGAUCGAUUGCUGCCUUUUAUGUCUUCACGGUACCAUACACUAAGGUUGAAGAAAGCUUCAAUGUUCAGGCAAUCCAUGAUAUUCUUUUUCAUCGGCAUCACUUGGAUAAUUAUGAUCAUCUAGAGUUCCCUGGAGUUGUUCCUCGCACUUUCAUUGGUGCCCUGCUUGUAUCAAUUUUGGUGUCUCCUAUUGUAUUAUUGAUGAGUUUCCUGCACUUGCCAAAGAUAUAUGGACUGAUUGCAGCCAGAUUGGCAUUAGGUUGCAUCAUACUAUUUACAUUACGAAGUUUUCGUAUGCAGGUUAGAGAUAAGUUUGGACAUCAUGUAGAAGCUUUCUUUGUGAUUUUGACUUCACUUCAGUUUCACACGCUUUUCUAUUGCACGCGCACUCUUCCAAACAUACUGGCUAUGGGUGCAGUCAAUUUGGCAUAUGGGUACUGGUUGAAGGGGAGAUUUCAAGCGGCAUUAAACUGUUUGAUUUUUGCGACAAUCAUCUUUAGAUGUGACAUACUGUUACUACUUUGCCCUCUUGGCCUGGAGCUUUUGCUGACUAAAUCAAUCUCAUUAUGGGAAGCGUUUAAAGGGUGCCUCAGAACUGCUUUGUUGUGCAUAGGUCUUACCAUAUUGGUUGAUUCAAUAAUGUGGAAGAGGACGUUAUGGCCUGAAUUUGAAGUUUUAUGGUUCAACUCUGUUCUGAAUCGGAGCUCUGAGUGGGGCACACAUUCCUUUCACUGGUACUUCACAUCAGCGCUUCCCCGUUCGUUGCUGGCUGGAUAUCCGCUCUUUGUCCUUGGGGUCUUACUCGAUAGAAGGGUUCUAUUCUAUGUCCUUCCAGUUUUUUCCUUUGUUUUGCUUUACUCUAAGCUUCCCCACAAGGAGCUCCGUUUCAUCAUCAGUUCAGUUCCAAUCUUCAACUUCUCUGCGGCAGUUGCUGCUAGUAGGAUCUACAACAAUAGGAGGAAGAGGCUUUGGAAAUUUCUGUAUUUCACUAUGCUGGGGUUAUUUCUAAUCAGUCUAGGGAGCACCACCAUAUCAUUCAUGGCCUCCUAUGAGAACUAUCCUAGUGGUUAUGCAUUGAAAUAUUUGCAUCGGAUUGGCUGCCUUACUAACAGCACGGAUGAAUAUUGGGUUCAUAUCGACCCAUUUUCAGCAAUGAAUGGAAUAUCCCGAUUUUGUGAAAAGGAUUCUCCUUGGAGGUACUCCAAAGAAGAAGGGAUUCAUCUGGAAGAAUUUCGGUGGAGAAAUUUUACGUAUCUUAUAAAUGAGCAUUCCAACAUUGACGGAUUCAAAUGUUUAUUUUUGGUAAACGGCUUCUCAAGGGCUGGUGUUCGACUUCAUCUUCCGUUCAUCGAAAUGAGUUAUGAGCCCAAAGUAUAUGUUCAUGGGAAUACCAACAUUGAAGGCAUUAUGCAUAGAAACUGGCCAGGAUGCCUCUUGAGUUUUUACAGUCAAUGACCACAACUUACAAUUUCUAUAGAAGCGAUCAUGUAAGUUUGAGAAUUGUAUUGGAUUUGUCACUUCCAAGGUUUUGUGUGGGUGGCUGCCAUGCCAGUUGAUCUGACUUUUGAGAAUAUUUUUGUUUCUUUUCGCUCUUCUUGUUGGUAGGAACUUUAAAUUUAUAGAAGCUUUGAAGAUUACAAUGGUUAUUAGGAGAACAAGCAGACUUCAACUCUUCAAAGUCUUGUAAAUGUUUUUAAAAAUCAACAAAUGCAUUUAAUUAUGAUUAUCA